AUGGCUUCACGUUAUGGUGCUCGUCCAGUUGGUUCUGAUGGUUCCGAUUUUCAGCAUCGAGAGCGCAUUGUUGAGCCAUACAAUCAGAGUUCACUUUUUAAGAAGCGAUUGCGUACGGCCUUGACGCUCCAUAUCGCUUUGUGGGUCCUGGUCGUUUUGAAGAUUCUCCCCGAAAUUUUAUUUCGAUUUCGUUUAGUUUCACGCGCAUUUAUGAGAAAGCACUCUGUUCCUCUAAACGAAUUGUGGGAGUACGCCUGGUGUUUUGGAAGCAUUAUUCCAGUGUUCUUCGGAUACUUGUCGUUUACAAAGAACAAGGUAUACCUCAUUCGCCUUUCUUUAAUAGGAACAAUUGUCUUUGGUUUUGUUCCCAUAAUCAUGGGGUGCUUCUUGAGGGCCUCCGAACUCAUGGACUACUAUUACACCAAAAAUUCGAGGCAUGAUUUCUUUAACUUUCCGUUUGUGGUCAUUCUUUAUGUCUUCUUUUCUGUAUGUAUUCAAAUUCACUGUUUUACACUGUACUUUAGUUGGAAACUAAUGACCAUUUGGUCUCGUCUUUCCAAAAAAGCUGCAUGA